AUUAAAAAAAUCGGCAAAAGAAAAGAAAAAUAAAAGUAACCUCCCCAGAAUUUGAGAUAGACGUGACCUUAGGGUUUCAAGACGACCCGCCAAAUCCUCCUCUCAUAUAUUCUUCACCGUACUUUUCCUUUUUUUUUGUUUGUCACCGCAUUGCCUGUUACUGCAUGAUUCGGAUCCCGAUCCGGAUCCCCAGUGGAAACUUGGGUUCGAAUCUGCACCGCGACCAGCAAUGGCGUCGAAGUCUUCGCCGGCCGCUUCUGCCAGCAGAUCGGACCCCCCCAAGGACUCGCAGGAACUGGUGGCAAAACCACAAGAAACAUCUCUAAGCAUGAAGGAGGUUUUAUCAGUAAUUGACUCUCUAAAGAAGCAAGUUGCAGCUACCCGGUGUGUUUCUAUAAAGAAAAGAAUGGAAGAGAAUAAACAAAAGUUGAUGGGCGUCACAAAUCAUCUUUAUAUGUUGUCGAAAGAAAGAAGAAGCAACUGGAUUAACAUUACUGAUAGUAGUGUAGAUUUACUGACAAAGAGGCAAAGAGAUGCAUUGGGUAUGCACAGUGGUAUUGAUGCAAAUAAUGGAGAUAAGGAUAGCCACAGUUCUCAAGAAGAUGGUCAUGCUUCUACCGCAGUUCUUCUAGGGUCCAGUAUUCCAGUCAAGAAUGCUGUUCGGCCUAUUAAGCUCCCAGAAGUGAAGAGAUUGCCCCCAUAUACUACAUGGAUUUUCUUGGAUAGAAACCAAAGAAUGACAGAGGAUCAAUCUGUGGUUGGACGAAGGAGAAUAUAUUAUGAUCAAAAUGGUGGUGAAGCACUUAUUUGCAGUGACAGUGAGGAGGAAAUAAUUGAAGAUGAAGAGGAAAAGAGAGAUUUUGUAGAUUCUGAAGAUUUUAUUCUUCGCAUGACUGCCAAGGAAGUUGGUUUAUCUGAUAUUGUAUUGGAAUCACUAGCACAAUGUCUUUCUAGAAGCCCUUCUGAAAUUAAGGCAAGAUAUGAAGUUCUUACAAAAGAUGAGACAGCUGUUUGGGAUCCAAAGAAUGGAGAUGGUGAUGCACAAACAGUGAAUUCUUUUCUUGAUAAGGAUCUUGAAGCUGCUUUGGACUCUUUUGACAAUCUAUUUUGUCGUCGAUGUCUUGUCUUCGAUUGCAGAUUGCAUGGAUGCUCACAGGAUCUUGUGUUUCCUGCUGAGAAACAACAUCAAUUGAACCAUCCAGAUGAGGAAAAUGUAUCAUGUGGUCCUCACUGCUACAAAUCGGUUUUAAAGUUGGAAAGAAUUGAUGCUGUAAAUUCUCCCGAGUGUGGUGACCUUGGAGAAAAUUCUGUUCAUCCAUCUAAUGGAUUGGGGACACAAAUUUCCUCAAGGAAGAAAUCUUAUGCUCAAUCUGCCAGGAGGAGGGUGAAAAUCAGCCAAAGUGAAAGUGCUUCGUCGAACGCCAAAAAUGUUUCAGAGAGCAGUGACUCAGAAAUCGGACCUCAACAGGAUGCCACUUCACCUUCCAAGUCUAAGCUAGCUGGAAAAGUUGGGAGUUGUCAUAGGAACAGCAAGCGAGUAGCUGAACGUGUUCUAAGUUGCAUGCGGAAAAGGCAGAAGAAAACCGUGGCUUCUGAUUCUGAUUCUAUUGCUAGUGGAGGCCUUUUGGCUGGUGAUAUGAAACUUAGAUCCACUUCACGCAAGGAAAAUGAAGAUGCUAGUUCAUCUUCUCACAAGAAUGUCAGAUCUCCAAUUGUUGGAAGGUCUAGGAGGAAAGAAUGCAUAAUUCAAGACAGUAACAACUCAGUACAGGGUGAAGGUCAUGAUGGUCCUGCGAGUGAGAUGAUUACUGAUCCACCAGCAUCAAGCAGUGAUGACACAUUGAGGAAAGAAGAGGGCAUAGAUGAAAAUGUAUGUAAAAAAGAGUUGAUUGACAACAGAUCCUGGAAACCUUUUGAAAAAAGCCUAUUUGAGAAAGGCAUGGAGAUUUUUGGGAGAAAUAGUUGUUUAAUUUCUAGGAACCUUUUAAAUGGUUUAAAGACUUGUUGGGACGUUUUUCAAUAUAUGACUGGCUCUGAAAAUCGGCUGGCCUGCCAAGAUGGUGAUGCUGCAAAUUCUCUUGGUGAAGGAUAUUCCAAGUUUGACUUCAAUGGAGCAUUGGGUAAUAAUGAAGUAAGAAGAAGAUCAAGAUUUUUACGCAGAAGAGGCAGAGUUCGCCGCUUGAAGUAUUCUUGGAAGUCUACUGCUUACCAUUCUAUUCGGAAACGGAUUACUGAGAGAAAAGAUCAGCCUUGCCGACAGUAUAAUCCAUGUAGUUGCCGAACUGCUUGUGGAAAGCAGUGCACAUGUCUGUUGAAUGGCACUUGCUGUGAGAAGUACUGUGGAUGUCCCAAGAGUUGCAAGAACCGAUUUAGGGGUUGCCAUUGUGCUAAAAGUCAAUGUCGAAGUCGUCAAUGUCCAUGCUUUGCUGCAGACAGGGAAUGUGAUCCAGAUGUUUGUAGGAAUUGUUGGGUCAGUUGUGGUGACGGUACUCUUGGGGUUCCUAACCAGAGAGGUGAUAAUUAUGAAUGCAGGAAUAUGAAGCUUCUCCUCAAACAACAACAAAGGGUUUUACUUGGAAGAUCUGAUGUAUCUGGUUGGGGAGCUUUCUUGAAGAAUAGUGUUGGCAAGCACGAGUAUCUAGGUGAAUACACUGGAGAACUGAUUUCACACAGGGAAGCAGAUAAGCGUGGGAAGAUAUAUGACCGUGAAAAUUCAUCAUUUCUCUUUAACCUGAAUGAUCAGUUUGUUCUUGAUGCUUACCGGAAGGGUGAUAAAUUGAAGUUUGCCAACCACUCACCAGAUCCAAAUUGCUAUGCAAAGGUCAUAAUGGUUGCAGGGGAUCACCGUGUUGGCAUAUUUGCAAAAGAACGAAUUAGUGCAGGAGAAGAACUUUUCUACGACUAUCGAUAUGAACCAGACAGAGCUCCUGCUUGGGCUAGGAAGCCUGAAGCAUCUGGAUCAAAAAAAGAAGACGGUGCUCAUACAAGUGGUCGUGCUAAGAAGGUUGCUUAAUUUGUGCAUUUGUUAACAUCUUCAAUUCAAAAUUUUUGUAAUUCUUUUACAGGCAGAAGAUGCAUCAUUCUGAUUGACCAUAGGGGAUAGGCGAACGCACAAUCAUUAUCAUGUUGGAGAGGCCAUUGUCUUCUCCAAGGUUAACUUUUUUUAUUUUGCACUCCAUAUAUGUUUAUUCUUGAUCAAAUUGUAUUCACUAAAACAGGAUAAUCUAACAUCGAAUUUUGCAUGUGAAAGAGCAAACGAUUAGGAAAUUUCG